AUCUUGCAUUUAUUUCCCACGAUAGAGUCGUUGAUGGUGCAUCGAGCAGCAUCGAGGUGGAAUUUUUACAUCCUGAGAAAACAAAACAUUCGACCAAGCUCAACACCCAAUUAUCCCCCUGAAAUAAACUCAUUUUAUAUUUUGAGAGUAACAGAGGCCAUUGAUAAUGUCUCACGGUGGUAGAAAUGAGUGCAGAAUAUACGUUGGUAAUUUGCCACCAGAUAUAAGGACCAAGGAUAUACAGGACUUGUUCUACAAAUUCGGUAAAGUAACGUUCGUGGACCUGAAGAAUCGCAGGGGACCACCAUUCGCUUUCGUCGAGUUCGACGAUCCAAGGGACGCUGAGGACGCUGUGCACGCCAGGGACGGCUACGAUUACGAUGGCUACAGGCUGAGAGUUGAGUUCCCCAGAGGUGGGGGGCCCAGUAAUAAUUUCAGGGGUGGACGGGGAGCUGGGGACAGUGGACGUGGAGGUCGCGGGGACGUGGGGAACUCGAGGGGGCGAGGACCACCAGCCAGGAGAUCCCAGUACAGGGUUGUUGUCACUGGUCUGCCCCCAUCGGGCAGCUGGCAGGAUCUCAAGGACCACAUGAGGGAGGCUGGCGACGUCUGCUUCGCCGAUGUUUACAAGGAUGGCACUGGGGUGGUGGAAUUCCUACGGUAUGAGGACAUGAAGUAUGCAGUGAAGAAACUGGACGACUCGAGAUUCAGGUCGCAUGAGGGAGAAGUUGCCUACAUAAGAGUCAAAGAGGACCACACAACAGGUGAGCGUGGACGCAGUGAGGAUCGUGAGAGAGGUGGUGGACGUAGUCGUUCACGCAGCUACAGUCCACGUCGUCGUGGCUCACCGACCUAUUCCCCACUGCGGCGUAACUACUCGCGCUCACGAUCACGCUCGAGGUCUCGUUCUUACGACUAAGUGUGUACGUAUAUACCCAUAUAUGUCUCACAUUUGAUAACAAUAACCGAAACACGUUGAUUUGCUUUUGACACGAUUUCAUGAUUUUCUAACUUGAAAAAAAAAAAAAAAAGAUAAAAAACUGCUGAAGAUGAAGAGAUUAAACUUAUUGCUUAACUAUCCAAUCCAAAAAUUGUGACAGACUGGCAAUUAAGUAACACCAAUUUGAUAUUCCUAUCAAUGAAAUAAUCGUUCUAUUUCUUUUUCAUCGUGAUCAUUGUACGAAUGACUGAAAGAAGAGAUGGAUAUUUUUAAAAGGCAGAAUUCGAGUUAUUAUUUCAUCUUUAUUAUGCCAGAAUCAAUGUUCCAGUUUUAAAAUUCACUGAUCGUUCGAUUCUGCACAUUUUAGUUAAACAUUCCGUUCUGACUCUUUUUUUUUCUCUCUUCAAUUGCUGGAAUAAGAAUUAUUAGAUGAAAAAAUGAAUGCAAAAAGCUCAAUAAUCAUGAAACUGUCGGUUCGAUGACUGCCCAGAUCAGAACUCAUUACCAAUCACGUUUAUAAUUUUCCAAAUGACGAGAAUAUUAUAAAGAAACACAGCACCAUUUUUUUCAUAGUCUUGAACACGAAACUUAGAUGCAAGAGAAUAAGAACUGCGACUUGAGUGGCCUUGAAGAAAAGUGUCGUUGAAGAAUUUAUUUUCACCCUUGUGCUUGACAAUUGCGUUAUCCAUUCUACUUCUCAGACACUUGAUUCAAACAGUAGAAGAAAAAUAAAUUGAAUUCCGUAGUCAGAAAUGCAAGCUAACAGAUUAUUUUGUCAAAUAAAAUGAAGAAAAAUGAAAGAAUUGUAGACCAUAAAUAUCCUAUAAGCGUACAAAAUUCAGUCGAAAAGAAUUGAAUUUUUGUUUUCCUUUUACUGAAAAUUCGUUGGCAGUAAAAUUUUUUACUAAAUUUCCCUGAAAUUGUCAAAUCAAAAGGAAAACAAAAAUAAUUCCCUGCAAUUAUUUUCUGUGAUUUUACACAAUAAAUUUUCUGCUUUAUAAAAAUUGAAGAAAAAUCACAGGAAAUUUUCGUAGUAAAUAAGUUUAUAAAUAAAAAAUGAAACUAUUUAAUCCAAAAAUGACAUGUCUGUAAUCAAGAAACUAAUGUAUUUUUUCUUCUUUUGUAUAUUGGAUUGGAUUGUAACACAAUGAAUGAAAAACUGAACCCCACACGAUCGUUGAUUCUUCGAUGGAUAAUUGAGAGAUGGACCCGCGCGUUUUGGAUGGAUUAUUUUAUCGUCGAAUAAUAAUAAUUAUUAAAAAGGAUAUUUCAUUAUCAUAAAGUCACGAAUAAUGGGACAGGAUUGCAUUAACCAAGAGGAAAGAUUUUAAAUUGCGGAUUAAGGAUUUAAAAAAAAAUAUAGGAAAAAGUAUUUUGACGAAUGGAAUUUCAUCGAGACCAAAGCACACAUAAGGCCACAAUUUAUCAGAGGACCCCUGACUGUUCUUAUCAAUUUGUCACUUUGCAUUCGUUCACUACUCUACCCAGUAUCCACUGUGGAGAACAAUAGUGUAUCAGUGAGCAAUUAACUGUCAACUUUGUUUAACUGUAAUUUUAUCGAUUGAACAUUUGUUUUGAAUAAUUCGAGGAACAAUCGUGAUGAAUAAUUUUCCAUGAGAGAAAAAAAAAUUUUAUCAUCAAAGUGUACGUUUAGUGCGCCGUGAAUAAUGCAAAAGGAGCCUACGAGGAAUCAGAGAGCUCCAAGAGGACUUUUAAAUCGUUUAAAAUCAUUCGAUAUAAUCGUUAAUAAUCGGCCUUGCGUCUCGAUGGGAUCUGACUGGAUGUUUUUAGAGGAUUGAACUGAGGAGAGGAUUAUAAAAUUGGGAUUUAGAAUAUCUUCGCGGGAUUUUGUUAAAUGUGGAUUUGUCCUUUGGAGUUAUGGAGUAUAUUUGGAACACAGGAUUUGGGAUUAAUGUUGUAAGAGAAAUGGGAAUUGUCAAUUGUGUGGAACAGAGGCUUCUCGCCUUCUAGGGCUCACGGAUCGCUUCGAUACUAGGUUGGAGCGAUUGGAUAUUGGAACACUUGGAUUAUCGUGGUUUAAUGGAAUAUCAGUGGAUCGGAUGCCUGAGGUAUUUGGACACCGAUUUCAAUUCUCCUUUUUUACAUUUUGUUUUUUCUCCAUUAUUUUUCACAGUGAGGUGACUUGUUCAUUUACUCUUGCAUGCAUUAUUUAUUUGGCUUAAUUAAUACCUCUGAACACUUGGCGAGCACUUGGAAGAGAUUAAUCAAUAGAUGAAUCAGAAUAAUGAGGAGCACUCGGAUGUACUCUGUUUCCCAUCAAUUGA